AUGGCGGGCAUGUCACCACGAGAUGUUGGAUUUAGCCAACAAGGCCAAGUCGAUUGGGUGUCUUUUGGGAAGGGUGUGAAGAACCUAACUGUUGGUUUGAUCAUGAGGUUUCAAGGAGCAGGCGUGCAGCAUGGUACGUAUCUAGCGAUUAUGGAACUUUCCAAGUACUUUUCCCUUUCGGAGAAAGGCGAGGAGAACCUUAUUGCCAGCAUCCGGCAACAGAAGGCCUGUUGGCGGUGGGAGGCACUCUACUUCGGCUUUGACGAACGGAGUUUAUUCAUGACUUUGACGGACAAUGCCGAAGGCCUCAAAAUCAUAACGGUACUGUCAGCUCUACUGAAACAUCAACAAUGUCCUGAGAACUACCAUCCAUCACAUUCGCAACUGCUGGGCUUCGUAAAGGUCUGUAGUGGUGCACUAGCAGGGUCACCACUUCAGGAAAUCGUUCGCCAUAUGCUAGGUCCAACAAAACCUUGGAGACCUGACGACUCGAGAUCUGAUCCUAUAGACAUAGCCAAAACACUCCAAGGACUUUUCGACAUCACCCAAGGACGAAAGAAGACCAUUUCUGUUACUGGAGGUCAGAGUGGUGCUUACAUUGCUGCUGCAGCAUACUGGCUCUUCUCACUGAAAGUGUGGGUUCAGGAUCAUAACGGAAAUUUUAUCUUCACCUCUGCCAUGAGCACCUCGUCUUCCGAAGUGUACGUCCAAUAUGUCACCGACCUGAGCGUCCCCCAUGUUGCCAUCACAAACUAG